CACUAAACCCUUUAUGCCAAAGCGUUCUUCAUUUAGUGGGUAUAACAGGCAGCAGGAAGCUGACUUUUUUCUUUGACCCAUGUGCAUUUUCUAGCUGAGGAAUGAAGUGACUUGGAACCAAGCUGGGCUUUUCUACUGAGCAUGUCCCUCUCCAGCAGGGUCUGGCUUGGGUGGGGCCAGUCUUGCUCAUUAAGCUUUGGGACGCUGGAUUUCCAUCAGCUUUCCACAGUCUUCCAAUGACGGGAAAUAGCAGACAGCGAGCUUGAUGUGCUUAAAAGCUGCUGUAAGUUGUCACCAUGACUACUGAAGUAGGCUCUGCGUCUGAAGUGAAGAAGGACUCUGGCCAGUUAGGGGCAGAUGCAACCAAGGAGAAACCUAAAGCAGCAGCAGAAAAUCAGCAGAAUCAGUCAUCCGAUCCAGAGGAGGAAAAAGGUUCCCAGCCAUCCACUGCAGCCGAAAGCCAAAGUAGUCUACGCCGCCAGAAGAGACAGAAGGAAGCCUCUGAGAGCAGGGGUAUUUCUCGGUUCAUACCGCCAUGGCUUAAGAAGCAAAAGUCAUAUACCUUAGUAGUGGCCAAAGAUGGAGGCGAUAAAAAAGAGCCUACCCAAGCUGUUAUUGAAGAACAGGUCUUAGAUAAAGAGGAACCCCUUCUGGAAGAACAGAGACAGGCCAAGGGUGAUGCCGAGGAAAUGGAUCAGAAGAAACAACAAGAGAUUAAGGUUGAAGUCAAGGAAGAAAAACCUUCAGUGACCAAAGCAGAGAUGCAGCCUACUGAACAAGUAAGUAAGGGGAGAGAAGAGAAGGUAAAGGAAACACAGGAAGACAAAUUAGAAGGAGAAGCAGCAAAAAGGGAGACCAAGGAAGUGCAGACCAAUGAGCUAAAAGCAGAGAAGGCAUUUCAAAAAGUCGCCAAGAAGACCAAAACUGUCCAGUGUAAAGUGACCCUCUUAGAUGGCACCGAAUACAGCUGUGACCUGGAGAAACGUGCUAAGGGACAAGUGUUAUUUGACAGAGUGUGUGAACACCUCAAUCUCUUGGAGAAGGACUACUUUGGACUUUUGUUUCAGGAAAGCCCUGAGCAGAAAAACUGGCUAGAUCCUGCAAAAGAAAUAAAGAGACAACUGAGAAACCUUCCCUGGCUAUUCACUUUUAAUGUGAAGUUUUAUCCUCCUGAUCCUUCUCAACUGACUGAAGAUAUCACCAGAUACUUCUUGUGCCUUCAGCUCCGGCAGGACAUUGCUUCUGGCCGCCUGCCCUGUUCCUUUGUGACUCAUGCUCUUCUGGGAUCCUACACACUACAGGCUGAACUUGGUGACUAUGACCCGGAAGAACAUGGCAGCAUCGACCUCAGUGAAUUCCAGUUUGCCCCAACUCAGACUAAGGAGCUGGAAGAGAAGGUGGCAGAGCUGCACAAAACCCACAGGGGUUUAUCUCCAGCACAAGCUGAUUCCCAGUUCUUAGAAAAUGCAAAGAGGCUUUCCAUGUAUGGUGUUGACCUACAUCAUGCCAAGGACUCAGAAGGUGUGGACAUCAAGCUGGGCGUGUGUGCUAAUGGACUUCUCAUUUACAAAGAUAGACUGCGAAUCAAUCGGUUUGCUUGGCCGAAAAUCUUAAAAAUUUCCUAUAAGCGCAGUAACUUCUACAUUAAAGUCAGACCAGCAGAGCUGGAACAGUUUGAGAGUACCAUUGGAUUCAAACUGCCAAACCACCGGGCAGCAAAAAGGCUAUGGAAAGUGUGUGUGGAGCAUCAUACUUUCUACAGGCUUGUUUCUCCAGAGCAGCCACCAAAAGCUAAGUUCCUGACCUUGGGGUCCAAAUUCCGCUAUAGUGGCCGCACCCAAGCACAAACCCGCCAGGCCAGCACCCUCAUAGAUAGGCCAGCACCACACUUUGAUCGCACUUCUAGUAAACGGGUCUCCAGGAGUCUAGAUGGAGCUCCGAUCGGUGUUGUGGACCAAAGUCUUAUGAAGGAUUUUCCUGGCGCUGCUGGGGAGAUUUCAGCUUAUGGCCCUGGAGUUGUCAGCGUUGCAGUGGUACAAGAUGGGGACGGCAGGAGGGAAGUGAGAAGCCCAACUAAAGCCCCACAUUUGCAACUCAUUGAAGGAAAGAAAAAUUCCCUGAGAGUAGAAGGGGAUAAUAUUUAUGUCAGACAUAGCAAUUUAAUGUUGGAGGAACUGGAUAAGGCCCAGGAGGACAUACUGAAACAUCAGGCUAGCAUUAGUGAACUCAAGCGCAAUUUUAUGGAAUCCACACCUGAGCCGCGCCCUAAUGAAUGGGAAAAACGACGUAUCACACCUCUGUCUCUACAGACACAAGGGAGCCUAGAAGAGGAGAUAACAUCAAUUUUGUUUAGUGAAAAGGGCUUUUCUGAUAGCAUGAAAGCCACCUUCACUUCAGCCACCACUUGGACAGCAGAGGGCGCUGUUGUGCGCGCUAAUGCACCUUCUGAAAAGCUUUCUUCCUCGCCCUUCUCACACUUGCUUGAGACACGUGCUCCUGAGUCAGAAGGGCCUUGCACUGGAGCCAGGGAUGCUGUUAAGAGUUCACAUGAGACUCUGAAUAUAGUGGAGGAGAAGAAGCGGGCAGAGGUUGGGAAAGACGAAAGAGUAAUCACAGAAGAAAUGAAUGGUAAAGAGCUAUCACCUGGGAGUGGUCCUGGGGAGAUACGUAAGGUGGAGCCUGUGACACAAAAAGACUCCACCUCCCUGUCUUCUGAGAGCAGCAGCAGCAGCAGUGACAGUGAGGAGGAAGACGUGGGAGAGUACCGUCCCCACCACCGAGUGACCGAGGGCACCAUCAGGGAGGAACAGGAGUAUGAAGAAGAGGUGGAGGAAGAACCCCGCCCGGCAGCCAAGGUAGUAGAGAGGGAGGAAGCAGUGCCCGAAGCCAGCCCAGUCACACAAGCAGGUGCCAGUGUAAUCACAGUAGAAACACUGAUCCAGGAAAAUGUAGGUGCCCCAAAGAUCCCUGGAGAGAAGAGUGUACAUGAAGGAGCUCUUAAGCAAGACGUGGGAGAAGAAGCAGAGGAAGAGCCACAGAAAGUUAACGGAGAGGUGUCCCAUGUUGACAUUGAUGUUUUGCCACAAAUUAUUUGUUGUUCAGAGCCACCAGUGGUAAAAACAGAGAUGGUAACAAUUUCUGAUGCCUCACAAAGGACAGAAAUCUCCACCAAGGAAGUCCCCAUUGUCCAAACUGAGACCAAAACCAUCACAUAUGAGUCUCCACAGAUUGAUGGCGGGGCUGGUGGUGAUUCGGGCACGUUACUGACUGCACAAACCAUCACAUCUGAGUCCAUGUCAACAACGACAACCACACACAUCACCAAGACCGUAAAAGGUGGAAUUUCUGAAACAAGAAUUGAGAAACGCAUUGUGAUUACAGGAGAUGCAGAUAUUGAUCACGACCAGGCACUGGCUCAGGCGAUCAGGGAAGCCCGAGAGCAGCACCCUGACAUGUCGGUCACAAGAGUGGUGGUACACAAAGAAACAGAGUUGGCGGAGGAGGAAGGGGAGGAGUAAGUAAGAAAGUCAUUUUUUAAACAACAGUCAACUUUGUGAACCCCUGAAGAUUUUUUUGACCAUUCCGAGUCUUAAUGCCACACCACUACUCCAGCGAAUUUAUGCUACGACUGGUAACAAUGACCGGAAGCCUGAAGAAUUAAAAUGCCAACACCAAACCUUUUCUUACCAGCUCUGGUCUAUAUUGCUCCCGUGCAUUUUAAUAGAUUAUUUUGUUUUAUAACCACUUCUAAAUAUUCUUGGUUCUUUCUUUUUUUGUUGUUAAUUAGGGGGUUUUGUUUUUGUUUCCUGUUUACUUUGUGUGCAACUACCUGCUUCUAAUGACUCACUUUGAUCAAAUGACAGUGAACAAGGCCAGCCCAAGCUGGUAAGGUGCUGUUCACUUGGACAGGUGCUGUUGUGCAGAAAGGAAACUCUGUGACUAAUUUAGAUAGUGGCUUCCCUUCUUCCAGAUUCUUUCCAUUGAAUCCUCACAGUAAAUAUUUACGGAGUUUUCCAGUUGCAGUAAAUAUACUGUAUGAGAAAAUAUUAAUACAGAUUAAAAUUUCUUACAUCUUGAAAAUUUUCUAAUAUUUGAGAAUUUCACAGGGGAUGUUUUUUAUACUGGCCCCUUUUGACUUUCCCGUCCUGUGACUUUCUGCUGUUAGUAGAGAGUCAGAAUCUCUGGACUGGAGAAUUAUGAAGAAGUUCACUGACUGUGCACUGUGCUUAGAGACCCUGCCGCACCACAGUGCCAAUGCUUCUCAGACACAAGUCCAUCGGCAGCAUUCCAGAACAGGAGGGAACAGAGAGAGAAAACUCUUUCUUCCCUUCUACUAAAAGAUUCAGGCAGCUUAAAACCUUAGUGCUUUCUUUCUUAACAUAUCCAAACUUCAAUACUUUCCAUUAUUUGAACACUUGGGUAGAACCUUUGCUUUGUGUUAAACCUCCUUGUCUACAUGUAAAACUGACCUUUUGUUAUUGAGCAGGCCUAUCUCUUUCAGAUAGUUUGAUGAUUCACACAGGUUUGAGGACGCUGGGGAGAGGGGGAGGGGGCUGUGGUGGUUCUCUGUUGGUUCCAAGAAGAUUUUACCAUUUAAAGCCGGCACCAGAGACCUGAUAGGGACUUAUUAACUAUAUUGAACAUUUUUUUCUUUGCUUUUGACCCUAUGUAUAGUUACGAUGCCAGAUUAGAUUUAUAGCAGCUUCAAGUUGUAUUAAAUGAUAUUUUGCCUCCUGUAAUACUGUUAUAAAAUAAAGUUUGUUUAUUCUCUAAA